CAGGAGGAGUCAUAACACCUUAUAAAUCUGCAGAAAGUGGCAGCAGAUUUAUCAUGACCACAGAUCAAGAAUCACUCCAUGCCCUAGAAGGGUUAAUGAAUGAAUUCUUCGGUCCAGCCACAACCAAUGUCAGAAAACGAGACAUUGAGACCAUCCUAUCUAAUUUUGGACAACAACGCGGGGCCUGGAAGCAAUGUCUGUACUACGUAGCACACACCCGCAACUCUUAUGUGUCCAUGUACUGUCUCACCACCCUAGAGAACAUCAUCAACAAGCAAUGGGUGGGCCUCAUGGCAGACGAGAGAACCGAGAUCCGGUCCACCCUCUAUCGUUUCGUCUUGGAGAACCACAAGGUGGCCCCAUACUACAUCCGCAACAAGCUUGUCAAAUUAGUUGUAGAUAUCGCUCGCCUGUCAUGGCCUCAUUUCUAUCCUGAUUUCUUCACCAAUGUCUUAGCUUUAGCCAGAAGUCCAGACACAGUCAUUUUGUGUAUUGUGUUUCUCCAAACUAUCAGUGAGGAAUUAGCAUGCCCCAGGGAAGAGCUGUCAUAUUCUCGGAGAACGGAACUGCGGCGGUUAUUAUCUCAGCAAGUCCCAACUAUGCUUAGUCUUCUCUCUAGUUUAUUAGAAGGUGUGGUAGACAAACACAAAAAUGCCGUGACAGCAACCCCUCCUCCCUCCCCAACACACUCCCACAGCCAUUCCCCAAGCCGCUCUGGCCUCUCGUCCUCUCCGAUUCAGACAGGUACUUUGCUGAGCAACAUGUUCCACAACCUGGAGAGUGGAACAAGUUCUCGCACGGGAUGGGUCCUCCCCCCUCUUGACUCAGAAAGCGAAACCGUAGCGUGUCUGGCAUUGAACUGUCUAACACACUUGUUCUCGUGGAUCCCCCUCUCCUCGCUCAUAACACCUCACCUGCUCAAUACAAUAUUCCUUUUUGCUUCUUUAGGAGCCGACCCACAGCACAAUAAGCUCCACAACGGAUCCCUCGAUAACAGUUUCAUGUCUGGCGAUUCCCUUGGUGUUCUAGCCAUGGGUGCCAUCAAUGAGAUCAUGAGCAAGAACUGUGUGCCGCAUGAUUUUGAGGAUUUUCUGCUCCAGAUGUUCAGAAACACAUUCCAGCUCUUGCAGAGGCUCGUGCGAGACGAGCCCAACACGACCACCUCACGGCUGCAGUUGUUAGAUUCAAGGAUGUUAAGUAGAUUACUGGAGUUUGACCCAUGUCUGUUAUACAAUACAGUGUAA